CCGCCUUUCUGCCUCCAGAUGGCUACCUCAGUGCUUCUCACGCACUGCUACGAGCAUUUUUGAGGAGAAGAACGGCAGAUGGUGGUGGGGAGUUCGCACGGGAGAUCUCUCCCUUAUCUCAUCUCAUCUGUCAGUGCGUCCUUCAGCCCGAAAGAUCAGCCCCAAGGACAGCAUGGCGAGGCAGAGGAGCCACCGCCUCACUCCAACAGCCCUCAUCACUCGCCCCCUCCCCCACCCGGCAUCAAGCACAGCAAACAAACACUUACCCAGCCUCUUCCUGACCCACAGACAGCCAGUACAGCGACUUCCCUGCACUCAUCGUCUUGUCACCGCCCCGCUUGGCUGCCAUCCGCCAGCCCUCAGCUGUCACUAUGACCGUCUUUGCCCUGUGUGCUUCGGCCUUGCUGCUGCUGGCAUGUGUGCCGGCAGCUGUCGCCCAGAGCGGUUACGGCGGUUACGGCUCCACUCACGGUGUGUGCGAGAAGAAGGCUGAUGUGCGCUACGAGUGUCCUUACGGAUUUGAGUUCGACGCCGACUCACACAAGUGCGUCAAAUACGACUACCAGGACAUCAAGUACUACUGCCCUCAGGUACGCAGACGCAAGCAGAACCCAGCACUUGAGUGUUGUGCUGGUCGAUUGAUUGGUUGAUUUAUUCCCUUUAUUGAUUGUGGGUGCAGGGCACCAAGAAGACCGCCGCGGGCUGCGUCAAGUACGUCUAUGAGGAGAAGACACCCUACUGCAAACACGGCAAGCUCGACGGCCACAGGUGCUUCGUUUACGAGUACUACCCCGUCGAGUACCAAUGCCCUUACGGCUACGGCUUCACAGCCGACAAGGCCAAGUGCUACGCCGACAAGUAUGAAGACAAGCUCUACAAGUGCCCUUACGGCUACGAGCUGACCAACGACAAGAACAAGUACUUCAAGUACAUCUAUGCCGACCUCGAGUACUACUGCCCAGCGGUGAGUGAGUGAGUGAACACACCACACCACACCACACAGACAGAUGGGCGUGUGUCAUUCCCUCUCUUGUGUGUGUGUGCGUGUGUGCAGCAUUCUUAUGAGUCGCCAAAGGGCUGCAAAACGACGACGCACGAGGAGAAGGUGCCCUACUGCAAGCACGGCUACCUCGAGGGCCACAAGUGCGUCAAGGUGAUCGACAGCUACAAACCCUACUACCCCAAGUGCAAGGCCGGAUACACCCUGCACGACGGCAAGUGUGUCAAGAAGGCCUACUAUGAGGCCGACUACAAGUGCCCAUCCGGCUACUCCCUUACGAGCGACUACAGCAAGUGCUGGGCGGACAAGUAUCAAGACAAGAAGAUCAAGUGCCCCUACGGCUUUAAGUUCGACGACGAGACGCACAAGUGCAUCAAAUACGACUAUGCCGACCUCAAGUACUACUGCCCAGCGGUGAGUGAGUGAGUGAGUCGAGUGACAACAUCGCCAACACGGCACUGGACGAUUCCGCACACACACACACACACACACUCGUCUGUGUGUGCCUGUCAUUGCUCCAGCACUUCAAGUUGACGCCCAAGGGCUGCAAGACCACGAAAUACGAAGCCAAGUCGCCUUACUGCAAGCACGGCUACCUCGAGGGCGGCAAGUGUGUGGCCAAGAAGACUUAUGACGUCGACUACGAGUGCAAGUAUGGCUAUAAGCUGACUGAUGACGGCAGCAAGUGCUACGCCAGCAAAAAGCUGAGCUACAAGUACAAGUGCCCUUAUGGCUACGAGCUGCUCGAGGCCGACAAGAAGUGCGUCAAGCCCAUCUACUCGAAGGUGGCCUACAAGUGUGCCAAGGGCAAGCUGACCUUCAUCGACGCCGAGCACUCCGGCAAGAAGACCCCCGUGUGCUGCAUAUACGACUACCACAACUUUGGGGGAGGCUCCAACAGCUACCACCACUGAUUGAGGGUGGCGGAAGGGGACACACACACGCCCUCACUGGUCUGUCUCGUUGUCUUCUUCAUGUGAUUAGUCUGCAGUACCAGCUAGCUAGUGCCAUCAUCGUUUCUUUCUGUUUCUUUCUGUCACGAGAUGUGUGUCGUUGGUGGUGGUAUGCCGUGUUUGUGUUGUGUUGUGGUGCUUCUUUGUUCCAGGCCCAUAGUAUGGGGCUAAUGAAUUACAUGCGGGUGGACGGGGGACGGGUGGUGGAUGUGUUUGUCAAGUGUUGUUUGGUGGUUCAUGGCCGUGGUCAAGCCGAUGGUGUGGUAGUUUGGUGUCCUGCGGCAGACGGAUUAGUGCCCUGGUCGACGCAUGCCCACAGACAGACAGACAGACAGACAAGUGUGUGUAUGCGUGUGUGGAUUAGGUCAUAUCAUCCAUCGCGUGACACCAGGAAGGGGUGAUUAUGUGAUUAUGGACACUUCUUUGCACGGCGGUGAAUGGAUCGAGAGGCG